GGUAUGAGUGAGUUUACAUAUAUAACUUUAAGAUUCUAUCUUGAUGGGACCUUAUUGUAUGAUGGUAAAGAUGCAAGUUAUGUGGGUGGUUUAAUAAUGAAUAUUUUAAUGUUGAUGUGGAUAAUGUUUCUUAUUUUGAGAUGAAAGAUUAUAUUAGAGAACUUGGGUAUAGCCCUAAUUGCAAAUUUAGUAUAAGGCCGCCCAAUAGUUGCAUUUUAGGUGACAUAGACAAUGAUGCUAUUCUAUUAACAAUAUGCAAGACUUUGCAAAAUAGUGUUGUUCUGGAUGUACAUGUGCACAUGGUUGAGGAGGAAUCUUGUGAUGCUUUUUAUGAAGAUGUGGGAACCACUGAAAAUAGUGUUGGUAUAGAAAUAGGGGGUAAGGAAGUAGGUGGGCCUUAUUUAAAAAAUGUGGUUGGUGCAGCUUUAAAUACUGCCGCAAACAUUACUUUCACAUCAAAUCCAAUUACUCAAAAUACUGUUGAUCCUUCAGAUUUAGUAAAUCAUCACAUUGAUUCAUCAGAUUAUGAUGAUAACGACUAUUUUGUAAAAGGAUCUGAUGAAUCUAGUGAUGAUAGUACAGAAUCUGAAAAUGAAAAAGCAACAAAUUUGCUUGGAGAUGAUGACUAUGGAAGUAAUGUCUAUGAGGAGGUAAAACAACUAAGGGCUGAGCAAAGGGCUUUCUUGAGGAAGAAAAGAAGAGAGAGAAUUCUUACAGACAAUCAUGAAGUCCCUUGUGGUCAAGCUGGACCAGAUCUGGGAUUUGAUGAGACUACCCCAGUGAGAAAUAAUUUAGAAGGAAGGUUAGUGGGUGAUGAACCAUAUUAUGGUAGUUCUGAUCCUGGCAGCUAUGAAGCUGAUACUGAUUCUAGUUAUCUUGAAGAAGGAGAUAACUUGAGAUUGAACUUGUCUAGAAGAAGAAAAAGAAAAAAAGUUGUGACUGAUAGUGUAAAGCAUGACCCUGAUAGUGAUAUUGUUAUGUGACACUGGGUAUGUCUUUUGCAAUUGUGAAAGAGUUUAGAGAGGCAGUGACUAAGUAUACAAUUCAGAAAAGGGUUCAAAUUGAAAAGUAUGUAAAUGAGACAAAUAGAAUUAGGGUGAGAUGCAGCAAGGAAAACUGCAGGUGGUUAUUGUAUGCAAGUCUUGAUCCAAAGUCCAAUAACUUUGUUACUAAGACUUAUAUUCCAGUAUAUAAUUGUGAUAGGGCCACCGAAAAUUACUUGUGCAACACAAGAUUCUUGCAACACCAUCAAACUCUAGAGGAAGAUCAACAAAUGUUGAACCAGUUCCAAAAAUCCCUCCGCACAAUACUAAAGUGUCAUCAAGAACUAGAAAUGGCAGAGGAAGUGAUUAUCCACUUGAAAGUUGGUUUACCUGUUAUCAAGGUAGUACAACACAUGAUGCUUCAAAUUUUGCACCAAGAGAGACAGUUGUUGCUGCUAGAGGAAGGGGAAAAGUGGUUGGAAACACAAAUCAAUAUAAAAGACCAAGAAUGACGGGAAUGGGUGUGUUUCAAGCUGAAAAUAGCUUCAUAAACAUUAAUCCUGGGCUGCCAAGUAGGAGAAUAGUGUCCACUGGACCUAAGAAAGUAAUGAAAUCAGCAGUUGUAUCUGGAGACAUUGGCUUCAAACCUUCAAGUGGACUGAAGUAAAAAGGCAAGCAAGCAAUCAUAACAAGAAGGCUCCAACAAAUAAGAGAUCAAUCAAGGCAUUCAAACAAUGCAACCAUGCAUACCUCAUCCUCUUCACAACUUCGAGACCCCUGGAAACUACAGUCGGCUGUUGAUUACUAAUUUGGUGUCACUUAGCUACUUUUCUUGUAUGAAACAAUGAAGCUACUAUUUUGGUCCCACAAAGACAAUGUUUUGGAUCUUUUAAGGUGUUAUUGUCCCAAAAAGAUAAUAUUUUGGUGUCACUCGUGAAUGUCUUAUGUAAAUGUACUAAUAUUCAGUUUCUUGCUUGAAUGCAAUAUUAAUUUUGCUU